UUCAGCGCUAGAUUCAAACAGGAGCCAACUGAACAAAGAAAAGGAAAAGUAGAGAAAAGAGGAAACUGAACAAAAAAGAAGAAGAAUACAGCAGAAUACAAAAUCUUCCUUACAUUUACACAGUGCUUCAGUCUUCAGCAGAGGGCUUUCUGAAGGACAUUUUUAUCUUUUAUCAGUUGUUGCAGAAAUUGCAAAGAGAAAAAUGACGAGCAGCAGAGUUUUCAUCACUGCUUUUGUGGUGUUCGUGGUCUCCGUGGCUAUCAGUGAAGGAAUGAGUCUGAGAAGCCUUGGAGUGGAGCUGCAUUGCCGCUGCAUCCAGACAGAGAGCAAACCCAUCGGCCGCUACAUUGCGAAAGUGGAAUUGAUUCCUGCCAACUCUCACUGCGAGGAAACUGAGAUCAUUGCCACCCUGAAAAAGACAGGCCAAGAGGUCUGCCUUGACCCCGAGGCCCCCUGGGUGAAGAGAGUGAUUGAGAAGAUCCUGUCCAACAAAAGACGCUGAACAGAUGGCGACAGAUGUCUUUCAUGAGUCUGAGCUGUUUGUAGACAAAAGUACCCAAAAAAAUUUGUUUGGUCAGUUGUCUCAACUGUUGAAAUGAAUCCACUCCGGUUGUUUGUAUCAAACAAGCUAUUUAUCAACAAGUCUGUACUUGUUUGUAUGUCACUUAUAUGUGUUGUGCCCAAUAACUUUUUAAUCUCAGUUUGACUGCUCCGGUGGUUUGUAAAACUGUUUUCUUGUCUCUAAUUUAUAUGUUUAGUAUAUUUAUUCAUGUAUUUAUAAAUGUUUUUGGACUCACCGUGUUGUAUGACUGUCCGUUGAUUCAAUAAAAAGAGGUUACU